AUGCAAAGAUUAGUUAAAUAUCCCCUCCUUCUGGAAACUAUAGCAAAAUAUACAAGAGAAGGUAGUGAAGAAUUACAACAUUUAUUACAUGGAAUUGAACGGGCAAAACGUAUUCUUUCUGUUGUAAAUAGUGAUAAAAGAAAUGCUGAAAAUGAAAAAAGAAUGGAAGAGCUUCAACAAAGAUUAGAUUUUACUGGAUGUGAAAAGAGCUUUUUUCAACGUUUUGACUUUAGAGCUCACAAACUUAUUUAUGAUGGUCACUUACAAUGGCGUCAAGCACGCGGCAAAACAUUAGAUUUACAUGUUGUUCUAUUAGAACAUUUACUUGUUUUCCUAACAAAAUUGGGUUCUGAUUCUGGAAGUGCUUCAACCCCUCAAAAAUUGCAAUUAAAAAUUCAUGAAGCUGGUUGUAUUCCUAUAAUGCGGCUAUCGGCAGUUGAGGUAGAAGAAAAGCCUGGGGAUAAGCGUUCUUUCAAUUUACUUUAUAAGAGUGAUCUGAGGGUAUUUGAAUUAGUUGCGCAAACAGCUACAGAGAGGAAAACUUGGUUCCGGUUGAUCGAAAAUCAAGUUUCUGUUACCCGUUCCUCUCCCAUUCCAACAGAUUUUGACAAUAUUCUUGAUGGGAUUUUAACUAGUGGAGUACAACAACAACAAAAUAGGGCAACUCCACCUCCAUUAUUAGCCCAAAGAGCGAAUGUUGUUGAUUCUGGGUUACAACAUCAAGUAGCUAAAGUUGAGCAUGUACAUGUUUUGACACAUCCAGCACUUGUUAAUGCUAAUGAGAUCGUAAUUCAACAACCCAAAAUUAUGGAAAAUGCUCAACCUAUAAUGUCUGUAGCUGAUCGACUUCGCAAAAAUGAUAAAAUAAUUAUUAGUGCAUUAGCAGAAAAACAUCAGAUAUUGUCUGAAAUUUUGCUAGAAGAGGGGGAUAAAUCUAUCGUAAAUCUAAAAGAAUUGGAACGUAUAACAGAAUUAAUGACUGGACUUGCUGUUGCAGAAUUAAAACAAAGAAAUUCAAAAGAACUGGCCAUGUCUGCAAUAGUACAUGGAAAUAGACUUUUGGAUUGUAUAAAUCAAGGAAUGAAUACUGUAAAUAAAACAGAAGAGAAGGUGGAUGAGACUGAACGAAAUCUUCCCUCAGUACCUUGCUAUAGACUAACUGCUAUAGCUGCCCCUUUAAUGAAUCAUUUGAAGGCAUUGCUUCAAGUUAUUCAAGACCAGUCAACUGAAAUUCAAAGACUAAAGGAGACAGAACAAAAUACUUCCCGUAAAACUGCCAGUGAAGAAACACUAGUGAAAUCUGAUGGUUGUGGUGGUCAGAGUCCUGUUAGUAGUAGAUCUGUUGCUGCCCCAAGAAGUACUCCCCAUCUAACGGCUUUGAGGGCUACACCUUCUAAUUGCUCAUCUUCUUCUUCGCCUACAUCAGUGCCAUUUGAAUGA